AUGCCCCGCUUCGUCGCACAAGCACACGCAAUAAUCGCAGUCAACGAACCAUCUAAGCCAACUUUUUGCCCAACUGAGAUUUCAAGAAAUGUGAGUAAUAAUAACGACAAUGUAAAUGUUGGUGCAUCAACUUCAGUGGGCAUCGGGUACCUCAGUGAUGAAUCUGUGGUGUGUUGGGAAGCUGACAAAGACAUUCCGUUUACUGAAGAAAGUCAUGAUGUUGAUAAUCACAGUCACGAAAAAGAGGAAAAGGAAAAAGGGGAGAAGGACAAAAAAGAGGAGGCAGCUGAAAAAGCGCAUAUUCCGAAACCUACAUUAAAGCCAUUAUCAGAUACAAGAUGGGGGAGUCGUAUAGAAGUAAUCACACCACUAAAAACACAAUUAGGUGAAAUAUAUGAUGCUCUAGCAGAAUUAAAAGAUGAUGCAACUCGAGAUAUGAAUACAAGAACUUUGGCAAAUUCAUUGGGCAAAAAAAUUAGUAGCUUCAAAUUUAUAUUUUCAACAAUAAUCUGGCAUGCAAUUUUUAGUAAAGUCAACGUGGUGAGUAAACUUAUCCAAAGUCCAAAACUGAACAUUAAAUCUUCAGCCGAAGCCCUAGAAAAUUUAAAAGACUACUUUGUUCAAAUAGGAUGUGACGAACAUUUCAAAAUAUUGAUGGAUGCUGCAAAGCAAAUUGCUGCCGAUGUUGAACUAGAAGGAGAAUUUCCUGCUCUUGCAGCAAAACGUAUUGGAAAAAGAAAAAGACAUUUUGAUUACGAACACGAGGAUGAAAGCAUUUUGGAUCCAGAGAGGUCUUUUAAAGUCAACUUUUACUUUAAAAUUUUGGAUGCAACGAUUGUAGCUAGACAAUGA